AUGCCAGAAUUCAAGUUCUUCGUUCUGACAAUGGCGGAGAAUUUCUCAACCAUGAUCUUAACCAGUUCUUACAAGAUCAUGGCAUCAUACAUCAACGCUCAUGCCCUUACACUCCCCAACAGAAUGGGGUGGCUGAAAGAAAGAACAUACACUUAUUGGAAGUCGUUCGUGCCUAUCUCUUUUGUGCCAAUAUGCCAUGAUCCUUUUGGGGCGAAGCCGUCGUCUCUACAGCAUACCUUAUCAAUCGGAUUCCCUCUAGAUGUCACUCUGCAUCAAAGUGACCGGUUGCCAAUGGAAAGCAACCGGUCGCCCCCCUUAGUUCUUCAACUACAAAGAACCUGCUUCAAAAUGACCAGUCGCCAGAAGAAAAUGAUCAGUUGUCUUCACGAGGUCAAAAAUCAAGAGGAGGAAAUGGAACCGUUUUAUGAGAUUUUGCCUGCUUCAGCUUUAGUACCACACCAAUCACCUGCUGAGGAAGUCAUUCAAUUGAGGGCACCAAGAUCGUGGUGGCAGUUUUCCUCCGGCGAGCUUGAAGCAAUCGUGGCCAGUAUUGCAUUCAACAUAAGGAGUGUUGAAGAUCAUCCUGUCACAGAAGUUGAGUUACGAAGAAGAGCCAACCCACCCCAAGAGCAGAAUCAGCUAGUGCUUGUGACUACUAGUACUGAUUAUCAAGAUCAGCCCAAACCGAGGCGUGGCCCGGGAAGACCCAAACCUAGUCGUAUACACACAUUGUCAGCAGACUGGCAGAUACAAACUAGAACCCGCCGGAAGGCUGCUACUGCUGGUCGCAAAGACAAGAAGGAUAUAGGAGUUGGGUUUGAUCUUAAUCUUAAGCCAGAGGGGUGCUCACAGAUUGUGGCGCAAGAGCGAGGACCUAGCAAUGAAGACGACGACCAAACAGGUCCUCUUGCUCAAAUUGAGGACAUAGGUCUAGGACGGUGA